AUGGCAAUGGUUUCUGCUGGCGGGCCACGACAUCUUGCCCUCAACCAAGAUGUCAACUUCCCCUCUAGUGACAGUGUGACGAAUCCACUGCAGUGGCUGGGUGCUAAUGGUCCGUGGUACGCUGGCCCAAACGUCUUCAAUAUUUCCUCAGAGGUGCCCGAAGGCUGUUACAUCGACCAGGCCGCUUAUGUGUCAAGACAUGGCUCGAGAUAUCCCGACCAAGGGGCCUACGACGGCUGGGUAGCAAUGUACGAAAGGUUUCAAGCGGGCAACUACACAUCGAGCGGGAGCUUGUCAUUCCUGUCAUCAUGGCAACCUGUCUUGACCAACCCGGCACUACAGAUUGCCAACGAGAACCCAACUGGCGCCAAGGAGGCGUAUGAUCUAGGGUAUACCCUACGCACAAGAUACCCUGACCUGUAUCAGCACGGGGAUGAGUUCAUGGUUUGGUCAAAUAACUACACCCGCGUACUUCAGACAGCAUCCAUGUUUGUGCGAGGGUUCCUAGGUUUCGCCGCUGCCCAGAACGGGAGCGUCAUCUCUGUGACAUCGAAGGGAUAUCCUGCUGGUACUGGCGACUCACUGGCCCCUUCAGAUAUGUGUCCGAGCUUCGAAGACACCGAGGGCGGCGAAUACAAGACGACAUGGGAUGACAUAUGGAUACCGUCUGUCCAGGAUCGCUUGCAAUCAUUCAUCGACGGCAACCUGACACUAACGGCCGACGACGUCAGUCAGAUGCCGUAUCUGUGCGGUUUCGAGAGCCACAUAGCUGGCCGACUGUCGGCGUGGUGUGACGUAUUUACCGACGAGGAGUUGAAGCAAUACGAAUACUCAAACGACCUUCGGUAUUACUACGGUGUUGGCCCAGGAACGGAUCUCCCAAAGAAGAUGAUGACCCCCUUUUUGAACGCCUUGGUUGGUAUACUGCAACAAGGCCCCACGACCACCGGUGUGAAAGCCGAUGGCUCAAGCUUCAAGUUACCGAAGAUCCUGUCGAGUUUCUUGAACGAUGGCCAACUCUCCGAACUCGUCACCGCGAGUGGCGUAUUCGACGAUCAGGCCCCUUUGUCAGCGACGGAGAAAGACGAUGAUCGCCUAUGGGUUGGCUCGCACUACGUCUCCAUGCGUGGCACCAUUGCCUUUGAGCGCUUCAACUGCGCCGUGUACGAUGUGGGCGAGCCGACUAGUUCCAUGCCCUCUUCCACAAGCACCGUACCACCGCACUAUCCAAACUCUACCGUGUCAGUGAGCGUCAACUCGACCCAGCCCACAGCACCACCGACCUCGAGCAAUGCCAUGUAUAUUCGUAUCCGCCUUAACGAUGCUGUAUACCCGCUAUCGUUCUGCCAGGGUGGCCCAGGCUCUUCGUGCCUGCUGAGUGACUACGCCGACUACGUCGCGGAAAAAUACGCAGCUGAAGGGGACUGGAUCACCAACUGCAACGUCACGGUCGAUGAGGACACACCUACCACCGUGAAGGGUGCCAGCUUCUUUACCGACCUCAGCAGUCCUUGGGUUAGCCAGAUUUCGCCUUAUUGA